AAGAGGCUUUUUAGGAAAGAUGAUGAAGGCAGUUGUGGUGGCGUCAUUGGCAUUUUUGCUUCUUGCAAAUCGGAUCGCAUUUGCUUCAACUUCACUAUCCACUGUCCCGGCAUUCUUGUGGUCCCCGUAUCAAUCUUUAUACAAUGAGAUGAAAGAAGCUGUCAACUAUCAAACAAUAUCAUCGAAGGAUUUAGCGAAAUCUGUUCUGUCCCAAGGGGGCUGGUCAGACUUGCUGUGCUCAGCAGAGAACUCUCAGCAAUCUGUGGAUGUAGCACUGGUUUUUGUUGGCCGAGAGUUGCAAUCUUCAGAUAUUUCUAGAAACAAACGUGCAAAUCCAGAUCUUUUAGACUUGCUCGAGGUCUCGUUCAUGAGGUCCAAUUUUUCCCUGGCAUUUCCAUAUGUUGCAGCAUCCAAAGAGGAGUCAAUGGAGAGUUCUUUAAUGUCAGGGUUCACAGAAGCUUGUGGGCAUCAAGAAGGACUAGGUGAUAUUGCUUUCUUGGAGUCAUGUUCAGUCGAGGGUGAAGAUUUUAAGAAACUUGCUGACCUGCACUCAGUCCAUGAUUAUUUGCUGUCAAGGAUGGAAAACAGGCGAAAGGGGCAAACAGAUUUGAUUGUGUUCUGCCAUGGUGGCACCAAUUCUUUGAACAAACUUGAACAGAUCCCUUCGGAAGGUGAGGCUCUGUCUGGGCUUAUCAGUUCUGUAGAGCAGUCUGGGGCAAGGUACACAGUUCUUUAUGCUUCAGAUCCUUACAGAUCAAUUCCCAACCCAUCAUAUGUGGCAUUGGAAAGGUUUCUCGCUGAAAGGAGUGCUGGGAAUGGUUCAGCUAGUAUUACUAGCUGUGAUGGAGUAUGCCAGAUUAAAUCAACUCUUCUGGAGGGAGUUUUAGUUGGGAUUGUCCUGCUUAUAAUCCUAAUAUCUGGCCUUUGCUGUAUGAUGGGUAUCGACACUCCUACAAGGUUUGAGACUCCACCAGAUUCUUAAUGGGUUCUCAAAAUACAAUUCAGGACUGUGGAGCAAG